AACCACCAUAAGCAACCUCGCCAUUGAGAGGCACAGCAAUUACGGCGGUCAUUCGACUCAGACUCGCGCGGCUCCGGCAUAGCUUGCCAACCUCGAUCCUUGGCGCAGAUAACAUUGCCCUGGCUGUACCGCCGCCACAUCCUCCAUUUCAACAAUGUCCACGAUAGCUUCGCCUCGUGAGCCGAGCUCCCCCUUCCCUCGAAGAGUCCCGUCUCAGUCCAAUGCAACACCGACAUCCUCCAACCGGCCAUCUCUCGACCUCCCACGAUCCGCGGCCGGCUCACCAAGCCCCACUCCCGUCUCUGCUGCUUUCCCGAGCCCUGGCCUGCCCGGAGGCGCCACCAGCGCACCCAAUGCCGCCGGCCCGGGACGCCGCAACCGCGCAGCCCUGCGCGAGUACUACAACCUCCGGAGCAAGCAUGGCGCAGCUAUACCUCCCACCCCGUCCGUAGAGGUGACAGAGCCCGAGGAUGACGGCGUCUCGGCAUACAGCGAAGUUCCAGCCAGCGAGAUGGACAAGGACGGCUUCGACCCAGAGGCCUUCAUCGCGCAAGCAUUGGCAGAGAAGGGCCUCGACGAGCUGCUUCGCCUAUACACCAGGGUCCUGGGCGAGACUCGCGCGCUGGACGCUGAGAAGAAGGCGCUUGUUUACGACAACUACUCGAAGCUGAUUGCAGCGACGGAGACAAUAAGAAAGAUGCGCACAAACAUGGACCCUCUGAACCCGAUGGCGUCUACGCUCGAUCCUGCCAUUGCACAAAUCUAUACACAAGCGUCCCAGAUCCGGGACAAUCUACGUAAAACGAUACCCGCCCCCGAUGAAGCGACAAAGGCGCCAGAAGAAGCGGCAGCGCGCAGAACGCGAACGAAGAAGCUCGCGCUAGCUGUGCUCGAGACGCCCGCGAAGCUUCGUGAACUGGUCAGCGAGGGCCGAGCGGAAGAAGCCAGGCAGGCAUGGAAACUGCCAAAGCGAUUGCUACUGUCGUGGAAAGAACAAGAGGUAGGCGGAGUCGAUGUGGACGCUUGCCUGCAGGACGGCGAGGCAGCUUUGCGUGGCGAACCCAGCCAAUUCGACUGGCGCAAGGGGAGUGACGACCAGGAAGACAGCGAGUCGGAUGAUGAGUAGUGCCACGCCUCUACUGCGGGACUGAAUGAUACCCAUCGACACUACGAGCAACAGCUGUCAACGGACCAGGCGU